GGGGAGGGGCGGGCAGAGGUUAUGAGCCUCGAUGAAUACACGAAGACGGCACGGUCCCUCCAGUACUGAGCAGGGAGUGUACCUCGGGCCGACACAGACUCAAGUACUCUCCUCCUCCUCCUCCCUCCCUGCACUCUCUGCCUCUUCCGCCCCCCCAACGCUUACCUUCAAGGACGACAUCAUGUCUUGCCGCGACCGCACGCAGGAGUUCUUCGCUGCCUGCAAGUCCAUGCAGAACAGACAGAAUGGAUUACAGGUGAACAAGCCUCACCUGAACACCAUGCGGCAACAGAGCGAAUUCACAAUCAUGGCCAAGCGAAUUGGAAAAGAUUUGAGUAAUACGUUCUCCAAACUGGAAAAGCUGACCAUAUUGGCAAAGCGGAAAUCACUCUUCGAUGACAAAGCCGUUGAAAUUGAAGAAUUGACGUACAUCAUCAAACAGGAUAUAAACAGCCUGAACAAGCAGAUCGCACAGCUUCAAGACUUUGUCCGGGCCAAGGGGGGCCAGACAAGGCACUUACAGACGCAUUCCAACACCAUUGUGGUGUCACUGCAGUCCAGGCUGGCAUCCAUGUCGAAUGAUUUUAAGUCGGUUCUGGAAGUGAGGACAGAGAAUCUGAAAAUGCAGCGGAACAGGAGAGAACAGUUCUCCCAAGCGACAGUGUCCAGCCUUCCCCCUUCAGCUGCUAACGGUUAUGGAGGCUCGGUGCUGAUGAAGGAUGACGCGCGACGGUCCGGAGAUGUCGCCAUCGACAUGGACGACAAGACCAGCCAGCAACUACAGCUCAUCGACGAGCAGGAUUCCUACAUCCAGAGUCGAGCAGACGUGAUGCAGAACAUCGAAACGACAAUCGUGGAACUGGGCUCCAUCUUCCAGCAGCUGGCGCACAUGGUGAAGGAACAGGAGGAGACCAUACAGAGGAUUGACUCCAACGUGGAGGACACGCAGCUGAACGUGGAGGCUGCCCACUCUGAGAUCCUCAAGUACUUCCAGUCCGUCACCUCCAACCGCUGGCUCAUGAUCAAGAUCUUCCUCAUCCUCGCCGUCUUCUUCGUGGUAUUUGUGGUCUUCCUGGCCUAGAACCGGAGAUUCCCCCCCCUCCUCCCC